GGAAGUACAAUCGAUAGUCGCCUGUUUGCCUAAAUCUGUUAAGGGGAGCGAUGGCUGAUGCCAUAGCAGACACGAGAAGGCUGUAUACCAAACCACAAAACCUAAGCGAUGCUUACGGGCCUCCGAGUAACUUUCUAGAGAUUGAAGUGUCCAACCCCGAAACGGUUGGCGUUGGUCGGAACAGGUUUACGACAUAUGAGAUCAGACUGAAGACCAACCUCCCCAUCUUCAAGCUGAAGGAGUCACGCGUGCGGAGGAGAUACAGUGACUUUGAGUGGCUGAGAGGCGAGCUGGAGAGGGAGAGCAAGGUUGUAGUUCCUCCACUUCCUGGAAAGGCUCUGUUUAGGCAGCUCCCGUUUCGUGGGGACGAUGGUAUAUUUGACGACUCGUUCAUCGAGGAACGGCGGCACGGCCUAGAACAGUUCCUCAACAAAGUGGCCGGUCAUCCACUGGCCCAGAAUGAGCGCUGUCUGCACAUGUUCCUGCAGGAUGAAUUUGUGGAUAAAAACUACACCCCUUCCAAAGUUAGACAAGCCUGAACCAGUCUGGAGUCCACACGGUUAAAAAAAAAAGGCCCACAAGCAAUAAGACAGGUUUGAUUCAUUCAAAACUCAAACAGGAUCUUAGCAUGAACCGUAGGGCAUCCAGAAACACUUACCUCGUGCAAACAGAUAGUGAACAACAAGAAGACAAAUGUGACAUCAAAUUAUUCUUGAAUUAGUCAUCGUGUCCCUUCGCUUCUCUCUAAAGCACUUGUUUUUGAUCUGUCCUCCCUCAUAAAUGGAUUGAUAGUCUUUUUAAAAUCAAAUAUUGAAUUACUCAUUACCACUUUUGGUCGGAUCAAAUUAUGUUCUUGUUGUGUGAUCAGUUAUUUAUGAUAGCUCUGUCUAAGACCACCACUAACUUUGAUAUUAGUAGGUCAGGAUAUACGGACACACCAAAUAACACAAAUAAUGACAGUUAUGCAAGUACUAUAUCACUGACUUUCCUGUGUUAUUGCUACUACCCACUUGUGUCGCUUUUAAAAACACAUGCAGCAGCUCAAGCACUUCAUCGGGAACCUGAUAUUUGGUGGUUAAUUGUGCGCUAUGUAUCCCAGUUAGCUGCAGCGAAGUCUGUUUUUACAUUGGGAGUGCUGUCUUCAAUGCAUGUUUUCAGAUUUGUAUACUGCUGUGCCAUUUGUUUUGUUUAUGAGAAUUUUCCAAUAAAACAGAUCAAACACACAUGUAA